GCUCGCGGCGUCUUAAAGGAGAACCAAAGGGAAAACCCUGACGUUAUCCUCGCCACUACUGAUUUACAUCAUUAUUUUGUUUUUAAAAUUGCGUGAGGUUAAGUUAGGGUGCAAGCUGUACUAAAGGAAAAGUGUAGUGCGGAUUUACCGCCAUGAAAUUUGAAAAGAAGGGUAAGAACGAAGUUAAAACGUUUUGUCUACGGGAGUGUAUGUUGUAGUGUAUUAUGGCCGACUCUUACAAGUGAAAGUAAAGGAGUGUGCGAAUGUCCUCCCUUGAGAACUAUUCGCUUCUAACGAGCUUGCGCUCAACUAAUCGCAAAAUCUGAAAAACACAGCUCGAGUAAAGCGAUGACUCAGUGACUGCGCAUGUGUGGUGACACGCGCCGCUUCCUGCCCUCGGACCUCCUCGCUUGCGGUGAACAUGGCCGAAAAAGAAGCCUCGCCGGGACUUACUGCGCUGUUCCUGCUCGUCUCCGGCAUUUUUGUACAUUUAUCCGUGUGUCCGUUCACGAAGGUGGAGGAGAGUUUCAACUUACAAGCCAUGCACGACAUUCUUUACCACAGACUGGAUUUAGAAAAGUAUGACCACCUGGAAUUUCCUGGGGUGGUACCGCGGACGUUCCUUGGGCCCUUGUUUGUAUCUCUACUUUGCUCUCCACUUGCUUACUUGCUGUGGCUCCUGGAUGCACCCAAGUUCUACACACAGAUUCUAGCUCGCGCGUGUCUGGGGCUCUGCGUGACACAUGCGCUGUGGCGCUUGCAGCAGGAGGUCCGCAAGUGUUUUGGAUUCACUGUGGCAGUAGUCUUCUGCUUCAUCUCAGUGUCACAGUUCCACCUGAUGUUCUACAGCACCAGACCUCUGCCAAACGUCUUUGCUCUCCCUAUAGUCCUGCAUGCCUUGGUGUUCUGGAUGCAGCAGAGACACUGCGGGUUCGUGUGUCUGUCUGCAUUUGCCAUCAUUGUGUUUCGCGCGGAGCUGUGUCUGUUCCUGGGGCUCAUGCUGCUCUUGUCUCUUGUACGGGGGAGCCUCGGCUUUGUGCAGCUCCUGGGCUACGCCAUUCCAGCGGGGAUGGUGUCUUUAGCUCUCACUGUCUUGGUUGAUUCUGUAUUCUGGAGGAAAUUGUUGUGGCCAGAGGGCCAAGUGCUGUGGUACAACACCGUUCUCAACAAAAGUUCCAACUGGGGAACUUCUCCCUUCCUGUGGUACUUCUACUCGGCCGUACCACGUGCCCUGGGCAGCACGCUGCUGUUUGUCCCGCUUGGACUGCUGGACAGGCGGACACAGGGUCUGCUGCUCCCAGCCUUGGGCUUUAUUCUGCUCUACUCCUUCCUGCCUCAUAAAGAGCUGCGCUUCAUCCUCUACACAUUCCCUGUCUUCAACAUCGUGGCUGCACGUGGUUGCUCCUUCAUACUCAACAACUUCCACAAGUCCUGGAUGUAUCAGCUUGCCUCUUUGGUCGUAAUUGGUCACUUGCUGGUCAACACUGUGUACUCAGGCAUAUCUCUAUACAUUUCCAAUCACAACUACCCAGGAGGGAAUGCCAUGAAGGAACUACAUUCAUUAGUACCAGGGACUUCAGAUGUUUCGGUUCAUAUUGACGUGUUGGCUGCUCAGACUGGCGUGUCGCGUUUUUUAGAAUUGAAUGAUCAUUGGAGGUACGACAAGCGGGAGGACUUGGUUCCUGGGGACCCACGGAUGAGGAACUACUCCCAUAUCCUAAUGGAGGCCAAUAUGGCCCAGGUUGCAAUGCUCAGAGACUCUUAUCGUCCACUGUCAUUUGUGCAAGGGUUCAGCAAACUAGUGUUUCACCCCUUCCAGUUUCCUCCAUUCAGUAUGGAAAUGGUGAACAAAGUGGUGCUGUUGGAGAGAAUACCCCAUCCUGACUGACCAGAACUGAAUCAGUGAACAUUUUUCUUUUACUUACAAAUUCAUGUUGCUUUUGUUUUUCUUGGGAUUACAGUUGGAUUUUUGCAAUACUGAAUUAUGGCCUCUUUUUGUCUAUGGGUCAGAAAUGACUGUUAGCCUAGUCUUUCCUAUCUUGGGAAUCUGAAUAUUUAUGCACAUUUAAUAUGCAUUUUACUUCACAUUGCCUAAAACUAGAAGUCUAACAAUUUUAGAUACUGCAAGCAAUGGCAUUUCUUAAAUCUGUAAAAUAACUCUUGAAAAGCAUUAUUUAAUGAUAAACUUUUGCAAAAGAUUCUGUUCAAUAAAUACACCCUUCCCUUCAUAACAAAUGCUCAAGUUAUCACAAUUUGGACUUACGAACACAUGCAGUUUGUACACUGAAUUCACAUACUGACUCGGAUGACAAACAUCUUACAAGAAUGGAAGUUUCAAGCCAAAAUACAAGCCUUAGCAACAAGCAGCUUGCCGUAUGUUAUCUAGUACCAUUGUCUUAAAGCCAUGUACCAUUUUGCAAGCAUCUCUCAGAACAUUUUUAAUUACAAACUUUAUUUCAUAAAGAUGAGAACUACAAGUUAAAAAGGCAAAGGAAAGCCUUAUCAGUAAGGGUCUUGUGACUCCCAUCCUUCCUAACACAGCUAGAAGUGAGAAAACCAUUAUUCAAUAAGAGUGAAUUUAUUUGCAUUGUUUCCAUAGAUUUGUCUUUAUGGUUAUUUUUAUUUUUGCAUUAAAUGAAGUGAUAAACA